AUACGAACAGCUAUACACGCACCAACCUCUUCUCGUCACCUUUUCCUACCUGUAUUCCGACAAAUCCCGCCUCCUCACUGUGAUUUGCUAACACUUCUCUGUUCCCUCGCUCGAUUGGCUAACUCCAUGUCAACUCCGAACCUGUAGCCAGUCAAAGUGCAGGAGACCGGAGUUUUCGGAAUACAGGUGGGAAACAGGAUCAUACCCCUGCCUCACUCAGGUUAUAGCAGAGUAGGCUUUGGAAGUUGUCUAAAAGCUGGGACUGGCUCAGUGCUCCGUGUGUUUCCUGUCAGUUUGAGCUGCUGUUAUUUUGGCCGAAAUGUCAACGCCUCUGGAGAAGCCGCAGAUCAUCGCGCACAUUCAGAAGAGCCUGAACUACACGGUGUUCGACAGCAAGUGGAUUCCCUGCAGCGCGAAGUUCGUGUGUAUGGGAAACUUCGCCAGAGGAACCGGAGUCCUGCAGGUUUACGAGGUUCAGCACGGAGACGUGCAGCUUGUCAAAGAGAUCGAAAAGCCGAAGCCAAUCAAAUGUGGAACAUUUGGUGCAACAUCUCUCCAGCAGAGGCAUUUGGCCACAGGCGAUUUUGACGGCAACCUUCAUGUGUGGAAUCUUGAGGCACCAGAGGUUCCAGUGUACUCUGUGAAAGGCCACAAGGAAAUAAUAAACUGCAUCGACGGAGUUGGAGGAUUAGGCAUCGGAGACGGCGCACCGGAAAUCGUUACAGGGAGCCGAGAUGGUACAGUUAAAGUGUGGGAUCCGAGGCAAAAAGACACACCUGUGGCAAACAUGGAGCCGACGGAAGGAGAGACCAAGAGAGAUUGUUGGACUGUUGCAUUUGGUCACGCCUUUAACGAUCAGGACCGCUGUGUAUGUGCUGGUUAUGACAAUGGUGAUAUUAAGCUGUUUGAUCUCCGAAAUAUGUCUCUGCGAUGGGAGAAAAAUAUUAAAAAUGGCGUGUGCAGUGUUGAAUUUGACAGAAAAGAUAUCAAUAUGAAUAAACUAGUGGCAACAUCUUUAGAGGGCAAAUUUCAUGUCUUUGACAUGAGGACUCAGCAUCCAACCAAAGGCUUUGCAUCUGUUUCUGAAAAGGCCCACAAAUCUACAAUAUGGCAAGUGAGGCAUUUGCCCCAAAACCGGGACAUCUUCAUGACAGCAGGCGGAGCUGGGAACCUGCACUUAUGGAAAUAUGAGUAUCCCGAGAAGAGGAGUGAGCAAGAUGGAGAGGGAGUGGCCAGAGGAGUGGCUGGCACACUCAAUCUCCUGCAAAACGUCACUCUGUCUUCACAACCCAUCGCCAGCCUGGACUGGAGUCCCGACAAGCAGGGCCUGUGUGUGUGUGCUUCCUUUGACCAGUCUGUAAGAGUCCUCAUCGUCACCAAGCUGAAUAGAGUAUGAGCUCCCGUGUGACUCCGGGCCUUAAUAUUAUUCCAAGCUAAUGUGUUUGCUCUACAAACCAAAUGUGAACCUGCUUAUAUGCAAACAAACACGACUACUCUAACUUCAUUUAGAGUGAAAAUGAUAUGAACUGAAGUCUUCUUCUAAAAGGAGUUGUGCCAUUGUUUUUGAAUAUGAAAUGUUUUACACAGUAAACCAUUUUGCAAUCCGAUAA